AAACAAGAAGAGUCGGUCGGUGGCGUUAGCGUAGAACAUCGAUUAAUACACUUAGCGCCGGAGUUUCUUCCGCCCUUCUCCGCCGUGUGAACUUAGGGCUCCGAUUGGAUCACCGGAAUUCGACCACCACUUUCACCUCCUUCAAUUCCUGUUGUAGCGCGGGAAAUUCAGGAGGAGAUGGGCCGUCAAGCAGCUGCUUCGUCUCAUAAGCGGAAACAACCAGAGCCGAUCAGUGCUGUUGUUGGUCCUGAUCGUUAUGUCUUGGACGCGAUAAAGAAGGCUGAAGAUAAGGGCACUUGGAAGAAAGCAAUCGUAUCAUCUAACAAAAACCUCACAGAAUAUGUUGUUCAAAAAUCCCUGAACUCACUUCUGAGUAAGAGGUUAAUCAAAGAGGUUAUGAACAUCCAAAAUAAGAGGACAAAACUUUUCAUGGCAGCUGAAUUUGAACCAUCAAAGGAAGUUAGUGGUGGUUUUUGGUAUGAUAAUGGAAAACUAGAUAAAGAGUGCAUUGAAGGACUUAAACGCGCCUGCUUGAAGUUCAUUGUGUCGAAGGAGGUUGCAACGGUUGAGGUAAUAUAUGAACUUCUGAAGCGGAGCAAGGUUAUCACAUCUGAGUGCACAAAAGAACAGAUUGAAGAAAUUUUAAAGUAUAUGCUACUGGACAAUGAGAUCAUUGAGGUCGAAAGCACAGGCUUGGGAGAAUACCAUUUGUUCCCUGUUGGGACGCUAUGUUACAGGCUUGCAAAGGGUCGUAAAACCAGUGCAAUGGCUUCAAAUCCAUGUGGUAUGUGCCCCAAAAUUAGUCAGUGCACACCAGAUGGACGAAUCUCCCCUGCAACUUGUGUGUACUAUAAGAAAUGGAUGGAUAUAUUUUGA